AUCUCUUUCGCCUUUCCUUCUUUCCAUUUACCUUCUCACAAUUAUUUCUACGCAUCGCUCUUCUCUAAAAGAAGUACAUCUGUUUCGAAUCGCUUUCGUGAGACUAUGAUUUCGAAAUUAGAAGACGUUUUUCUUUCAAAUUCCUUCGAGUUUUAAGUAAACGAUCUUGCUUGGCUGACGCGACGCUUUUUACCGACGUAAAACCAUCCCACCACGUUCCUCGACAUCGUAUUGUUGGCAUCGACGUCGGCAUCUCUCUCCGUAACGAAUGAAUCCAUAAUUAUCGAGAAACAAUCGAAAUAGCAUAUGUGACUGGCGACGACCGUUGGCAGUAAGAUUGCCAGCCGCUAUUACGAGCCAUCAGGAUAUUCGUCGUGCGACCAACCAGUUGAUCGUUAAUCGUCCAACAGUGAUGUUUUAAUGAAAACUCGAUUUCGAGAUACAACUCUGUAAUGACAAUUUACCACGACCGAACUACCGUCUCCUUCGGUGUGCCUCGGCCAUCGACUUCGAUCUUGAAGAAGGACGACAGCUAGUAAUAUAGCUAUGCAGACGGUAUGGAUGCCAGGCAUUUCACUUGGUGGAUCUGAAACAAAGUUUGUGCACGAUUAAUCGAUUCUUACAGGUAUCUCGAUGUCAUCCUCGCUCUUCUCCAUAGACAAUGAACGUAGCGAGACGGCGCGUAAAGUGCCGUGCGAAGGCUGAUUUCCUGAUAAUCGGUCAAUUCGGAACGAACGUACAAAGUGUCUGUACUUUAAGCGUGGUGCUUCUUUUGCCUCCUUAGUAUAUUUCUAAACCGAUGAAAAGAGUUUUCAUCGGUUAAGUUGCUAUUCUCUGUUCCCUUAGUUUUAUCGAUAGCGUUGAAAACUAGUUAUAUAUAAAAUAAAUAAUAUUCGAUAUCUAGCGCAUCUAGGAAUUUCAUCGAAUUCGUCAAAGGUAUUAACGAGAUGAUUUGGCAACGAUUCAGCAGAUUUUUCGUACGAUUUUAUCAGCGGAUCGAUCGAGCGGAAAUUUUUUUCCUCGAGAUGAACAACAUAUCUACGAUAACGAAUCAAAUUAUAUUUCUAAUGCUGGCCGAUCGUAUUUUCAUGCCGGAACAUAAACUGACGUGCCUUUACACGUUGAUGUUUUACAACGUAAUCGCUUACUGUAUCAGCUACGUUAAGGAAUUAAUCGAAAAGGAAGAUUGGUCGCCGUACGUGACUCUCACCGAAAGAUCCAAAAUUAGGCAUUUAGCUAUGUCCGCGACGAAAAUAGUACUCGAAUGGACGAAAGCCGUCACCUUUGUCGUAACCCUUACAUUUCUGCUUCUCGUUUUUGCUUUGGAACAGGGUCUUCAACAUUACAAACCAACAACGGUUUACACGGUAAUCACGUGGAUCUAUUAUGCGACAACGGAAAAGAUUUUCGUUGAAAUGUUUCCAUCGAUUUUGAAAUUUCUUCGGCUGGAUGUUUUCGAAAACCUCGAAGAACUUUAUGCACCGGUGAUAUUAGCAUCGUUUACCAUUGCCACCUCGAUUAUAUUCGUUUUGAUACUCGUACCGAAUACAUCUUGGAACAUUUUAUUGAUCGCCAUCUAUAUCAACGUUUAUUUAAGAACGAAGGAUUUCGCGCGAAGAUCCGGUGCCGCGUUAAAACGCGAGUGGCAGAUGUUGAAACGGUACAGAAAGGCAACGCUUCAAGAAAUUCAACGAUUUGAUGACGUUUGCGCUGUAUGCCUUUGCAAUAUGACCAAAGCAAGAAUAACACCUUGUUCUCAUCUUUUCCAUGCCGAUUGUUUACGUCGAUGUUUAAAAACCGUCGACACUUGUCCUAUAUGUAAAAGACAAUUAAAAUGUGAUACAUCCUAAAUAAAUAUGAAAAAAAACGAAUAAUCGAUUAUUUGCAGGCUGACAACCGUGGGAUAUGCUAAUCAUUGUUAAACUUUUUAAUGUAGAUAUCUUUAUUCGAGUCGUUAUACAAAUUGAACAUUGGUGAAAAGUAAACUUGUUACAUUCGCAUUGUUUGAAAUCACUUUUUAUUCUAGUCGAGCAGAAAUACUUUUAUUGUACAAACUUUGAUGUGUAAUUUAUACAAUACUGUACAAUACAUGUAUGUACAUUGAUAACAUAAAAUGUGUAAACAACAAAUUAAUCAUAAA